GCCCAAAGUAUUUGUUAAUAAUCAAUUUGGCAUCAAUUCCUCGUAUGAUGUCAUUUGGUGAGGUCACAGUUAUUUACUUUUAUCUUAUUAAAAUAAUAUCGUAUAUUGUUUUAUAGUGGAAUAUAAUGAAUUUAUAAUUCGAAAUGCCAAAGAAUAAGAUGGUGACAAAGCCAUGUCCCAAGUGUAAACAGCAGGUUCCUGUUGCAUGUAAGGCCUGUCCCUGCGGUCAUGUGUUUUUUGUCGCCCGUCGUGCCGUCAGUAUUCAUAAAAUAGGUGCACGACGCGGUUCAGAUGAAGGUGGCGAAGGAGACAGAGAAAUAAAGAGAAGGAGAACAGAAAGGAUAAGAAGAGAAAGACCUAAUUAUUUUAAUGCAUUACAAAUAGAAAAUCAAUUAAAGUCGUUUCAGAGGAAAUCUCGUCAACGAACUGGAAACAGUACCAGUAGUAGCGCUAAUGAUUUGGAAGGCGAAGGCUCUAAUAGCGAAGAAGGAGGUACUGUUGCAUCAAAAAAGAGAGGAAGACCAAAAGGAUCCAAAGGAUUAGAUAAGGGAGAUAUUAAAUCAGUGGAAAAAGAAGAAGACAUGUUUGCUAAUAUAUCUGCCGAGAAAGCUUUGCAAUAUUCUGUCAUUUUAGCAGAAAUAAAUAGAAAAUUCUGUGCUCAACAAUUUAAAGUAUGACAUGUUUUAUAUUAUUUAAUUAAAAAUAAAUGAAUUUAAUUAGAGCAUUUUAUAAUAUACCAUUUCUGCUUUAUGGAAUUUUAUUAUAUCAGUUUCUAUUUGCAAAGACAAUAUAAAAAGUAAUUAAAUAAUGUAAAUUGAAUUGCUUUAAAAUGAAAAUUAAAAAAAAAAAAAAAGAUUUUAUUGUUAUCUUUUCUAAUAUUCUUAUGAUUUAAUCAUGUAUAUAUAUAUAUUUGUAUAUAUGUGUACACUGUAUAUACGUAUACGUGUGUAUAUUGUGAUUUUAAGUAAAUUUAGGAAGAAUAACGUUGAAUGUAAGAUAUUCCAUAAUGCUACAUUAAAAUAAUCAAUUGUUGUUGAUGAUAUUUUACAAAGAUCUUAAUGGACCUUUAGAUAAGAUAAAUUAGAUAGAUUUAUGAUAUUUGGACAUAAAGAAUGAUUUAAAAUUCCUAAAUUUACAUUCCUAAUUAAAGAAAAAUGCUAAACAAAUAAAUUAAAAUUAGCAAUAUUCUUGAAUAAAAUCAAAUUCUGUAACAAAUAAACUUAACUUUGUUAGUAUUAAUUUGAAUUAAUCUUAUGUUUACAAUAUUUAACAUUUAUAAUUUGAUGCUAUUUUAUGGAAUUAAUGGUGUCAAGAGCUAUUUCAUCUUAAAUGUCUAAUCGAGGCUUCAGGAUCUAUGAAAAUUUUUUAAAUUUACAAUACACUAAUUAUAAGUUUUGAAUUAAUAAUUCACAUCCUAUUAAAUUGAUUAAAAGCUUUAAUAAUUAAUAUUUUUGGGUAAUCAUACAGCUGUCAUCAGAUUUUAUAAUUAUGUAAGUAGCCAAAAAUUGGUUUAAUAAGUUAUGGAUUGCUAUUACUAUUAUUUACAGUAUGUAAACGUAAAUUUGGCCAUAUUUUGUGGUGGUUCAAUCAAAAG